UUAAAUUAAAAUUUUAAAAAGACAGUUUUGUCUAUUACGCUUUCAAAAAAAAUUUUUUUUUAAAUAAGUAAGAUUUAUACAUAGAGACAAUAAUUGAGACAACAAAUUAUAAAUUAAUAUAAUAUUAAUAUUUGUAAUUGUUUAUCGUAAAUAAUGCGAAAAUCUAUUUGUUAACGAUUAUAUUGACAUACAAUCUCUUUGAAUUUUUAAAUUGUUAAAGUUUUUAAAUUGCUAACAUUUUAACACAACGAAAUAUUUAUACACAUGAAUGUAUUUACAAAUCAAAAGUUAUUAGUCACAUCUGCAUUUUGAUAGUGUAAACACACGACAAUGCCAUUUGCAUGUAAGAUCAUUAAGUUAAUGGAUUUUAAAUCUUAAUACUUCUUGUUGUAAAAUAUUAGAUUUUUCAUAAAUUACGCGACUAUAUAAUAAUAAUAAUACUUACAAGUGGCUACUUUAUAUCCGUCCAUACGAGCAGAAUAAUUGUUAUAUAAAUAAAAAAAAAAACAUUUUAUAUAUUUUAUAUGUAUUAUGUAUAUAUAUUAUAUAUAUGAAUAUAUAUAUGUCGAAUAUUUUAUAUUGCUUUACAAAGCUGACACUCUCGUAGAACAUAGGAUCAAGUUGUGUAAGAUAACUCGAUAUCUGUGCAUGAAGAGGAAAAGUGCAAACGCAAAAUAAGAGACAUUUAUUUCGAUUUAGGUAGUUUACCUUUCUCAAAAUGAUUACGUACAUGUAAUUACAGCAUAUAUGUUUUCGAAUAUUUUAUUUUUAAUAUCAUUAGAUUUAUUGUAUCGGUGUAACGACAUUUGUGUAAGCAGGUUUCAAAUGCAACAUUCCGUUGUUUAAUUGUCCGAUUUAUUAUAUGUUAAAUCGUUCGUUCGGUAUGUAUACCGAUUAGACGUAGGCUGCAUUCCGAUAUUUACUGUCAGCAAUCAGUACUGAAAAUCUAUAGUAUACAUGACGUAAAAAUUACAAAAAUAGAUUUUCAGUACUGACAGUGAAUAUCGGAAUGCAGCCGUAGACUAAAUGCCUCACUUGCUGCAAAAUUCGAGUUAUGUUUAAGCGCACAAAUUUACUUCUCAUGUUGCAGCUAUACGUGUAUACGUUUAAUAUUUUUGCAUAUCAAGCGUAGCUUUAGCGUUAACGAUCUCAUUGCUACCGGAGUUGUAAUGUAAAUGUAAGUCUGACACUUCUGAGAUUAAUGUUAUACGCACAUUCGAAAUAACUUUCGGCGAUUUGUCUAUUUACAAAUUGCGCAAACACGCACGUGUAAAGCAAGUGAUUUGUAAUAAGCACGUAAGAAUAAUGCCUUAAGAUUUUAUACAGAAUCCUGUCAAUAAUUUCAUAUUGUAGAUGAUAUAAAGUUAUAUUACAAUAUUUUGCACACACAAUUGUUGUCAUUAACAAUGCCAAUCCUCAGAAUGUCUUCUCCCUGAAAGUUUUAUUGUGGUUGAUAUAAAAUUAUAAUAUUUCACACAUAGCUACUUACAGAACAAAUUACGAGAAUCUAAAUUUUCUGAGGAAAUUUUGAAUUUGGCCGCAAUUCUCCCUCUUGCUCGUCCUGUUUUCUUCUGGAGUAGAGUAAGUAGAGUAGGUCGAGUUCACAUUCUAGUUUAUAUAAUUCACUGGUUUGAACUAACAGUCAUGGUGCACGAAUAUCUAGACGCGAUCCGAAAUCCAGACGCAGCUGGUCUUGCCGUCUUCCCUCGAAAAGUCGAAAACAAUUCCCUUCCUGACGCUAAAUGUGUAUACGUGGUAAAAUCGUAUGUGUACAGUCUUAAACUAUAUCUCGAAGACAGUUUGAUAGCUGGUGAUCAAUUAUGAUUAGCUAAAAUCAAGAGAAACGAAGGAAAAUCGAGUAUCAAGAUGCAGAAAUUUAAGAGGGCUCAAGCGCAGAAUAAACUGUCUAUCGAAAGGCACUUAGAAGCCAAUGCGUCGUUGAAUUCUUCUAGCGAAGAAGAGGAUGAAACAAAUGAGGAGGAUGUCCAAAAUGUAGUGGGCAAAGUAUUGUUGGCGUACCAGGGACAGAGCACGGAUGCGGAGAAAGUGAUAUCGUACCUGGUUAAUUCCUUUCAGACCAGCAGCGCUGUUUGUUUGAUAUGUAUAUCUACUGUCAAGAAGAUAGAUCCAAUAUGGAACUGCGACAAAUGCUAUGCAUUUCUACACAUGUCUUGCAUUCUGCACUGGAUCAACGACAGUUUGAGCUUCAAACGAGCCAAAGGGAUUCCCCCAAUCUGGGCAUGUCCAAAAUGCCGUAUGGAAUACGAUCAGGAUCAGAUUCCAAGAUCGUACAAAUGCUUCUGUAAGAAGACUGUGGAUCCCCCGCAUCAACCCUGGGCUAUUCCACAUUCGUGCGGUGAAGCCUGCGGCAAACUUCUGCAACCAGAGUGCGGUCAUAAAUGCGUGUUGCUCUGCCAUCCUGGUCCAUGUCCGCCCUGCGCCAAGAUGGUGUCGGUUAAAUGUUACUGCGGCAAGCUACCAGCGCAACCGCGACGUUGCAAUGCUAAAAACUGGAGCUGCGGGACUGUGUGCAACAAAAAAUAUGAAUCUUGUGUACACAGUUGUAAUAGCCUGUGUCACACUGGAGAAUGUUCCCCCUGUGUAGAAAUAGUAUUACUGAAAUGCCGUUGUAAGAGUAACGAGAAGAUAGGGAAGUGCUACGAGGGCACGUGGAUCUGCGAGAAACCUUGUAACAGGAGAUUUUCUUGCAACGUACAUAGCUGCGAAAGCACUUGUCAUCUACCCGGCGAUUGCGGCAACUGUCCCCUGGAAAAGAACAGAUCCUGUCCCUGCGGAAAGAAACGAUACGAAGUUUCUUGCAGGCGGCAGCAAGUGCCAACGUGCGGCGACACGUGCGGCAAGUUGCUGGAUUGCGGGUCGCACUUCUGCAACAUGAGAUGCCAUACCGAUCGCUGUGGUCAGUGCUUGGAAGUCUUAACGAAAGCGUGCAGAUGCGGCAACUACACGAAAGAGAUCGCCUGCGCAAAGGAGUUCCACUGCAACAAGAAAUGCAUGCAAAUGCGUUUAUGCGGUAGACAUUUGUGCAACAAGAAAUGCUGUGACUGCAUAUCGAAGAAUACGUCAAAUGCGUGUGAGAAAACGUGCGAGAACACGCUCAACUGCCGCAAGCACAAAUGCGCCGCGCCUUGCCACAGCGGCCCUUGCUAUCCGUGCACCAGAACGGACGUCAUACAAUGUCGAUGCGGCAGCAGCAAGAUAACAGUGCCGUGCGGUACAAGAAAGAGAAUCAAGCCCCCGCCGUGUAACAAAUCCUGCAAGAUUCCACCUAUCUGCCAUCACAGCAAGAGGGAAACGCACAAGUGUCAUCAGGGCCCAUGCCCGCCGUGUAAAAAGGUCUGCGGAUUGACGCACAAGAGAUGCGGUCACUCUUGCCCGGUCACUUGUCACACCAAGGUCUGGGUGAAGAGCAGAGCAAACGGAGUAAAGGCGCAGCCUGUUGGACCCUGGGAUAAACCGAAGGACAUUAUGGAGCUGAAGACUUUACCGUGUCCACCGUGCGAGGUUUCCGUGCCUGUGACCUGUCUCGGUGGUCACGAGACACGCCCUUGGCCGUGUCACAUGUCGAAACCGAGCUCCUGCGGCAGACUUUGCGGCCAAUUACUGCCAUGCCAGAAUCACACCUGCGAGCUGAUCUGUCACAAGCUACAAACUUCCGACGACGAAUCCAACAGCGGUACUCCGUGCAUGGAGUGCGAGAAGGAGUGCGAUUUCGCACGACCGCCAGGUUGUACGCACACGUGCCCGCAACCUUGUCACCCAGCGCCAUGUAAACCAUGCAAGCAAUUGGUGCGAGUCUCUUGUCAUUGCGGUAUUAGCACCUUAUAUCGGCAUUGUGUAAACCUGACAUCUGCAACGAGUAAGGAACGGGACGAGUUACUCAAAUGUGGAAACCAAUGUCCGAAAAAUUACCCAUGCGGCCACCGUUGCGUCAACGAUUGUCAUCCAGGAGAAUGUAAAGGUGGAGAGGGAUGCGGCAAGAAAGUUAGAUUAUGGUGUAAGUGUAAACGGAUCAAGAAGGACUUUCUUUGUUCGUUUCUUCAAAAGGAGCAGAUCACCGUAGAGUGCGAUAGUGUGUGCGAAUUAUUGAAGAAUGAAAGAAAGGAAGCCCAGAAAGCUAUGAUAGCGAAGAAACUAGAAGAGGAGGAGCUGCGCAAUCGGGAAGAGAUUGAGAAGUUUGAGAAGAAGUUCAAGCCACGACGAAAAAGGAAGGACAAAUACGAGAGCUUGAGACAGUCGCAAGAAAAUGCAAGGAAUAAGUAUCGCAGCCUAUGGAUUUUAGCAAUUGUCGUAAGCAUUAUGGGGAUAAUAAUAGUGUAUUUGACUGCUUCUGACUUAAAUAUAUCUGUAUUGAGUUGAUUCUACAAACUGUGAUUUGUGAUCAUCUAUGAUAAUAAUCAUUAAUAAUUAAAAGAUUUGUGAUGUAUUGACGCUUAUACAUAUAUUACUAUAAGCAUGAUUCCAUUUAUCUAGUUUGUAUUGCUAAUAGGAGUAGUUGUGCAAUUGUAACAGUCUUCAUAUAUAUAUAAUAUAUUUAUAAUCAGUGAUAAAGGUAGUAAUCGCUCAGAGGAUUUUUUCAAGAUUUGAAGAUUUUUAGUCUUGGUGCUUUUAUAAUCUUAUGAUGUAUUAAGAUAAGAUAUGAUAGAGACCAAAGUAUUUUAAUUAGAAUUAUUUUAAUGCAAUACAAAUUGUAUCUAUUAAAUGCUGAUUUGACAUUAAACAUGUAACUUUCUAAAUGUUCGAUCAUUGUCAUUAUAUGCGGAAAAAAUAGUAUACAUUGUAUGGAAACAUGAGGAAUAGAAUAAUCAAAGUGAGAAGAUUUCUUGCAUUUUGAGGACAAUUUAAACAAUUUAAAAAUUUGCAUUUUUGUAAGAGGAAGAUACAAUAAACGUUUGUGAAACAUCCCAAAAGUAAUGCUCUGAUAAUAAAGUUAAAAAUGGCAAGUAAGAAAAGUACAAA